AUGUUCAAGUUGGUGGUAUUGUGCGCUUUCUUCGCCGCAGCGGCCGCUGAGCCCGGUGCUUUAAUUGCUGCCCCCAUCACGCAGUACACCACGUACUUGGCUCCCGGUUCUACUACCAUCGCGAAACAGGACAGCACUGUGAUCCAUCCCUCACCGCUCUUCUACCAGGCUCCUCUGGCGUACACCCACUUCAUCAAGAAGCGAUCCGCCCAGUUCCCUCUGGCGUACGCCUCGCCUGCUGCGUACUACCCCGCUAACUACUAUGCUGCUACCACGUAUAAGCUGCCGCUCGUCCAAGCCCCCUCGAUCCUGCCAGCGCCCAUCGCGUCAGUGCCUGCAGUGCCUGCCGUACAUUUGAUCAAGAAGAGGUCAGCACCUUUGUUCCCUACGACUUACUACGCACCCACCACCUACGCCGCCACCACUCCUCUUCUAGCAUCCACAUACACUGCGACUGCUCCAGUGCUCGCCCAAGCUCCAGUUCUCGCCCAUACUCCAGUGAUCUCUCAGCCCCUUGCCUACGCUCACCUGAUCAAGAAGCGAUCAGCUGGUCUGUUGAACACUUACAUCGCCCCUGCUGCGUACUCCCACCAGUCGCGAGUUGACCUCCAAACGUCUCACAUCCCCUAUUCUUCCUUUGCCUACUCCGCGCCCAUUGCUUACUCUGCUCCUCUUGCUGUAUCCCACCUGUACAAGUAA